AGGUACAACGACGACGAGCUGACUAUUUAGUAGUCAUUCUAAGUCUAUUUUUUCUUUGAUUUUUUGGCUGCCUACCCUCGUGGUCACGCAUGCGAUCGUGAAAGGCACUCCUUGGCUCAACCCAAUUCGGCUUUCCUGUAAAACUUAUCGGCUCCCGUUUCUUUCGUUGUAAUAUAUUCAGUUCUGAUUUUCCAAUCCCAGUAAUAGAUUUCCCAUCGAAUAAAUAAAAAUUCAUUCGUGAAUUCCAACACCAACGCCUCCUAGUCGCCCGGUUUCAACCGGUGAUUUCUUUAUAUGCGCAUUUCUGUAUCAGAGAGGUUAAUGAAUAGUCUCUUCACGUCUUUUGUCUCCGUUUCAGCGGUUGUGUAUUUCUGCCUAAGCCACUAGCAUUGAUUGUUGUGGACUUCUUUUGGGCUUGAAGGCCUUCAUGCAUCAAUAAGAAGAGCAAAAGCACGAUGGCGGGAAAGAAGAGUGGCGCGCGGAAGAACGUGGCGGCGCCAGGCGCAGGAGAUGACGUGCGCGACGACGUACCAGCACCACCGCUAGAAUCAACAGGUGGGGAUAAGUCGCCACGAAAUAACAAACCAGAGAAGAAGAAGGAGAAAAAGAAGAACAACAAGGAUGACUUCGGCUUCGAGUACUUCAUUCUCAAAUUUUUUCAAAGACACGAAUCGAAACAAGAUUUUCUUGAGAAUGAAAUUUUCUACCACGAGUUUUGCCUUUAUUUUUCUACCAAGAUGCAUGAUCGAUACUUCUUUAUAGUAUAAUUGUGUUUCAACUGUUGAACAUUACAAUUAUGAUCGUUUUGCAAUGUACCUAACCUACAUCAGCUCACAACUGGGACUGGCACCGCCGCUUGGGCGUCGUGGUGCUGCUGCGCGUAUUAAGCGGAGAAUCAUGGAUGGGCUGCUUGUUGGCGUAAUACGGCAGCUUGGCGUGGCAGUGCGCAACGUUGACCGAGCAGCGCUUAUGAAACAGGCAAAGGCGCAGAAGAGCCCAAAGGAGCGCAUCAUGGAAUCGUGGAGGUUCGUGCAGGCGAACAUGAGUGCACUGAUGGCAUGCUUCGCCAUUUUCAUGCUGUUCUACAUGAAGGCGAGCCAAGAAGGCUACUAUGUGGCUGCCAACGAAGACGGGGGCGAGAGCAUAAACCCGUACCAGGCAUUGGGGCUUAGCAGCUCCGCGUCACAGUCGGAAAUCAAGCGCGCCUACAAAAAGUUGGCGCUACAGUGGCACCCGGAUAAGCACGACAAGGACUGUGAGAGCUGCAAGAAGCGCUUCCACGAAAUCACAGUGGCGUUCGGAAAAAUCGGGGAGGAGGAGAAGAGAAGAGCCUUCGACGCGAACAGAAAAACGCAGAAGGAAGUGCUCACUGACAGUGCCAGUGAAAAACUCACCUACGACAUGUGGCGAAACAUAGUCUCCAAGACCAACGACGUCUGGAUAAUUCUGGUACUGCUUCUGCAGCUUGCUGUGUCUAUAACACUAGAUUUUCGAUACUACUUAACUUUUGCUUGUUUAGCUCGAAGUUUCUUUGUCGUUGUUCUGCUGGUUAUAUUGAUGUUUUCCGGUAAAGGAAAUGUCAAUCAUUUUCUUCUCAGUUCUACGACGGCACUGACGCGACUGAAAAUAUUUUUCCGAUCUUCGAAGAGCUUUCGUUGAAGCAUGGAAACUACGUGAGAUAUGCGCACUGCGAUGUGAGCACAGCAGAUGGCCUGCGAACAGUUGCUGCAUUCCCGCAAAAGUUCGUCCUCUAUCCCGUCGUCACGCGAUACAGCCCAAGCGAAUAUCCGGAAGUGUGGAGCCCGCAAGUGACCCCGGAGAUGCGCGCUCGUGGUGUGGAAGGCAACCGCGUCAAAUCCAUUAGAAAGUAUAAUGCGAUUACUUUCAUUAAACUUUUUGACUUUGACUAUGCGUAAGGCUUGGCCUAAACUUCAAUACAUUUAGUCCUCCAACAAGUCGAAGUUGAUCGAUCUUGAUUUGAAGAUCCUCCUUUUCUAAUUGACGGUUGCGAUUCCAAUUCCACUUUCUAUACCCCUAAAAAAUAGGUUUAUCUAUGAGACGUAUCCGACCUACAACUUGCCGUACCUUGGCAGCCAGAAUCUCGGAAGCUGGGUUAAGCAAACAACGGAGAGAAAAGUUCUAAUCGUUGCACCAGACGCGAGUAUAAUCCCCAGCAACACGGGACUGAUCCCACUCGAAAAGAGCCAGUGGCGAGGUAUUUUUCCUGCGCCACCUUAUGUAAGUACAAAUAGUAGGUGCCAGAGGAUAUUAUGAUGUUCUUAGUUUUUUCAUGACAAACACCGACACUUUUUACGGCCAGGGCCGCGGUGCGAUGUUUUUAGGGCACAAAAAAUGAAUCGCAUCAGAAUUUUCUUAUCAAACCACUCCCGCCACAGGUUUCAGCCAGAAACUGCCCGAACCAACGGCUGACGGUGUUCGACUUCAUCCAGUGGAGAGCACAUUGCUCUUCUAUAAGGAGGCAUUGCGGUUUCGCGGUCUUCCGAUGGGUUUCACAGACAAGCAUUCCCUUCUCCAGCAUUUGACAACCGUAAUCGAAGAGCUCAAGAAGAGCGAGGAGUCAGGGACAGGGGGCGAAGAUGGCAGCCCAGAUUCGCAAAAGAACACCGCAGAGUCUGUUCAAAAACUUGCCCGCAGCAUUUUUCUUUAUGAACAUGAUUAAAUGUGGCCUCCAGCUAAAGGCGUGAUCAUUUACAAUCGUCUUUUCGCCUCACGAGCAUCAAUACGUCCUCAACUUGGCUUUUAAUCUUUCGAUUUAUCCCUUCUAUUUCAGGAAUUCAUAAGAUAGAGAUCAAGAUCAUUGUUCUAGGUCUACUUGUUGAUGUUGGUACGUCACCAGAGAUGAUUGCUCUAAUUUUUCUUCUUCCAUUUGCAGCAGCAGUGGUUCAACAACAAGGUCCAGAGUGCACCUUAUCUGUUGCUGUCGGUUGGCCCCGGAGGCGUGUUCCUCAAAACGCAGUUUUUGCCUGGAAAAGAGCUUGCGCACAAUGUUGAUCUCAUCAAGCGCUACACGGGCAUAGCGACCGCGCCGCGUGGUCAUGGGGCGGCACUGCAAAAGCACAUGCUUAAGUUUUCCCGAUCGAAGUACUUGCAAACUUUUCAGACUUUCCCGGAAACCAGUAAUCCAUCUACGAUCUCUUCGAUCUUACGCGACGCAACGCAUACCGCGUAUUUGCGCACUUUCUUGCAAACCUAUCUGGAGGGACACGAGCUCUGGAAACCGUCCUACGGUACCUGCUUCGACAUAUACGAGGCAACACCGAUCGAAAGGUUCAUGCAACUAGAGGAGCGCGGAGGCUCGCUCACGCAAGCAUCGACACCGGUACUGGACAUUUACAAAUACACAAUUUACUAGAAGAGCUAAGAGGGACGAAAGGUGAUCUAUUAUGGAUAUCGUCUGCGUUUCAUCUAUGUAUCAUAAUCAUUCUUGUACUGCGUCUGCGAUGAGCAUGUUUUUGAUUCCUGAUACCUCCAGGUAGAGAUACAGUUUCUAUGUAUAUUAUAUAACAACAUUCAAGAACAAACUCCUCAAUCUUGAUAAAUUACUCUGCUGCAACGUCAGGACGACGACGAUGUGAGAGACGCAGAGCAGAUCAUAGGCGAACCGGAGAUCUGCCGGAAGCAAAUUCCAGCAACGCGCGUCCAAGAAUUCAGAAUGCUUCUUUCGGAAAGUCCUGAAAAAGCCAAUACUUUCUUGGUACCUUUCUGAAGCCAAUAGGAUGAUUGCCGAAGAUUCUAAGAAUGUUGGAACAUCAUUCUGUAAAUAUUAGAAUGAUGGCGUCUAGAUACUUAUACUUAAGUACUUGUUUUCAUCCAUCCCAACAACUGCUUGAUACUACUUACCACAGCUAACGCAAUUUUUGCAUGAUGUGUCGAAUGAAAUAGUUGUGGCAGUGGACAGGAGUAAUUACUUGGAUUUCUGCAAGUUGGAUGGUGCUAUGUUUUCGCGAACACGCAAUUAUUGCUUUUUGGCGGCCGCUGACAAAGCAAGUGGCGAGGCCCGAAGCAGGCUCGUCGGAGAUUUGUUGCGUGGAAAGGAGGCAUACCUGAAAGAAGUUGCGGGUGAUGGUGACGACUCGGCCGCCGAAGCGGGCGAUCGAGAGGAUUUCGAAACCAGAAUACAGCCAGUCUCAUAUCAGCCAUACGACAUCGUGGGAGCGGUGCGACACUUACCUGUCGCAAAGCGCUUCCAUAAUGAAGUCGCGUCGAGGCAGGAACUGGACGGGUACUUGUUUCAUCUUUUUUUUGGUAGAGAACAGCAAAAAAUAAAGUUUUGGGGUCUACUCUAGUACGAUCAAGAUCCAUCACCACUUCUUUAUUCUAGUCUUUAGAGUUCGAAGAUCAUCAAAACAUUCGAGGAUACAUAGAUAUCGAGAUCAACCUUGAAGAAUACCAGGUACGAUUAUCUCAUCGUCGAAGCGGAUACUAGCGGUGUCGGCGCUAUUCGAACGAAGGACGUGAAAGUCGCUGACGUUUAUGCUGGUCUUGCCUUCGAAGAUAUUCGGCUUACGGUUGAGGACUUCCCGAACCUCGCCAACUUACUCGCUGAUACGCGUGUCACAUUCAUCGAAGAAAUCAUCAAUCUGUUGAUGGGAAGCUGGUUGCAAAUGGCGACCACCUACGUCCUUGCGGUGUUGAUCCUCUCGUGUCUUCCUGAAGUUCAGUUUUUCGUGCGCAAGAGCAUGCUUCCGCUCAUUUUUAGCGGUAGUGCACUCACAGCCUGUUUCUCAAUCUCUUAUUCUUUGCGGCGCUUCUGCUUCCAACCUCUGGUCUAGACAAGCUACGUGAAGAUUGGUUUCGAUUCAUAAACAUACCUGAAGAUACGCAGCAUACACGGGAGACGCGGCAUACGAGUACAUCAAGAUAUUGCAUUGAACGAAAAGAAAGCUUUUUAGUUUUUGCUUAGGCAUCAUGGAACUGAACGCAAACAAUUCAUUGUCCAAAAAGGAGAAGAUCACAAACUACUGUUAGACUGACAUGAGAUGAAGAUGCACGCUUCUACGUUCUCACUACAAAAAAUGUAAAGAGCGUUGUAUCCAAGAAACUUCGCUUCAUUCAUGUAGUUUCUGCAGAUAAGAGUCCAACAUCAUACAGCCUGCCCACUAGUUCCCCCGGACAUGCUUUUUCGUCACGGACACUAGUAUGUGAUGGUUACGCAUAUUUGUAGGAAAGUAUUAAGGCAGAGCAACCCCCAAAGAUGAUAACGAAAAGACGUUAUGUACCCCCCCAAUUGUAAGUACCAAAGUGAAUGAAUACCAAGUAACGUGACGCUGGAAUCGAAGAGAUCAUAUAAGGCCUCGACGUCCUCAAAAAGCAUAAGAACAUGCCUGCCAAUAUUGUGC